CCUGCCCCCUCCCGGCGCUUCCAGCCCCUCCCCCCACCCUGGGAGGUCCCGAAGGUGGCCUUGUUUUCUACAGGCAACUCUUACACCGGGCCCUGCCACCCGCCCUCGGGGCCAGCCAGGUGGGGCAAGAUUCAGGAAGUAAACAAGGAGGCUGAAGGCCUGGAGGACGGGAAGGAGGGUGGGGCCGGAGCCGCCAGGGCAGGAGAGGCUACUGGGGGAGCCGCGGCUGGGACUCGCAGUAAUUAGGGGACAGACUGAUUUGGGGGGUCGAUUUCUUCAAUGUAACCUUCCCGGGGCCCCAGUGUGAAAGCUUCAGAUCUCUUGGCGAUGGGGGUGGAGGCUGCCCAAGCGGGACAGCUAGGACCCCGUUCCUGCUCCCUCUUCUCUUUGGCCCCGACUGCCCCAUUCCUGUCUUGCCUUAGAAGGGUUUGGAGAGCAGGGUGGAGGGAUCUGAAGGCUAAACCCAUCCUGAGUCAGGCUUCCUGCCCACAGAGGCCGGACUCUAGUCUGACUUAAAUCUACCCUCUUCCCUUCCAAAUGCUGCCCAGAUUCCUCUCCCCUCUGGGAUGGGGGAGGACCCAGUCCUCUGGGCCCCAGAGCACCCCACUGUCGGUCUCUGGCAAAUGGUGGAGGCAGCUCCUGCAGCCCCUCCCCUAGUCCUCCUCGGAACGAAGUCACCGGGGCUGUCUGCCAGAGGGUAGACAGGGGUGCCAGUGGAGUGUUGAUGUGCUGGUGUCUCUCGAUGGUCGAUGAUGGGUGUGUCUUCCCUUUCCUGGCAGGACCCUCCCUGGCUCUCUCUCUCCUGGCCUUUCCCUGUCUGCCUGUCUGUGUCUGUCCUCUUGUGUGUGUUGACUUUCUACUCCUGUUCCCGAGUACACUUCUGGCCAGGACACCCAGGAGAGUGUAUUAAUUAGAAGGACCCUCAUCCCCCAGGGGUGAUGAGGAAUGGGCCCCGUGGGCCAGCUGAGUCCUGGGUGCUAAGGGUGGGCCCCAGACAGGAGAAGGAGCGCUGCAUGUUUCUUUGGGUUACUUUGGGGGCACUAGGGGCACCCCUGAGAGGUCAGCUCCACUCCAGAUGGGCUUCUGAAUCCAGGCCAGGCCUUUCUUCUCUUCCUCCUGGGUGAGGGGGCUCCUGGGCUGGGUGGUGGCUACUGGGGCCCAUUGCAGGUGCCACCUGUGCUGGAGGAGUCGGAGUUAGGCCAAGGGUGGGGAGGAGGAGAUGAUGUCAGAGGAGCCUCAGCGCCCCCCACCAACAUCCUCCUCCUCCCCCAUCCUGUUCCCGGCCCCUCCCCCAUUCCUCCCAGGCCAGUAGGCUGGGGGCGGGAGUGGAGGGGGUGGGUAGAGGCAGGGUUGUUUGUGUUUCUCCUAAGCCAGGAAGUUGUGCAGAUGAGUCAAGGUUGAAUGGAGAGCCCCAGGCAGUGCUGUCCCACCCCACCCUGACUCACCUGUCCCCCAAAUCUCCUCAUGCCCUCACUUAAGGGUUGGGGACCUGCCUCAUCCUGGGGGGGUCAAUCCCAGGUACCUUAGGCACCUAACAGCACUGGCCCAGUGUCUGGAGAGCAAGCAGGGGGCUGAAGCGUGAGUCCUCCCAGAUCCUCCCAGGUCUCAGCCCAGCCAAAAGCGUCUUGGUUCCUGUGGAGGAGGGGCCUGCAAUGCCUCUACCCUCUAGUGGGCACCUUUGCCCUGUCUCUUCUCUCCUUACUCGUCCUGGAUGCCUAUGGGUGAUAAGACAUGGAUAAGACCCUGGCCUUGCCUGGGGUGGCCGGGCAUCUUCAGACCAGUGGGUGGAUAAGACAGGUGCACAGUAAUUGGCGCAGAGGCCCCAGCACAGUGCGGAGAGGGAGCCCUUCAGCCUGAAUGUGGAAAAUCCAGGAAGGCUUCUCAGAGGAAGUAGCUCGGCAUUGAGGCCUUAAGAAAGUGAGGCAGGAGGAGCAGGAGGAGGGGCCUGGGGAAGGCACACAAGGUUUGGGGGCUGCUAAGGCGAGGGCCCCCAGGCUAGCUUUCUCCCUCCCACAGCAGCUGAGCCUGCCUGCUGCCCUCCUGGUUCCUGUCCUUCCACACCUCCUUCUCCCCCUCGAGCAUCACUCAGCACUUGGGCAGGCGCUGCCACAACAGGCUCUGACAACAAAGCGCUGGAAAAACCUGGGGCAGAGCCCAGAGGAAUGUCAUGGAGCUGGGUCUGUCUCCACCUCAUCUCAGCAGCUCCUCAGAAGACCUGUACCUGGCCCCUGGGACCCCUCCUGGGACGCCCCCACCUCCCGAUGUUCCUCUGUCUGGGGAGGUGAAGAGGUCCCAGCCUCUGCCCAUUCCGACCAGCAGGAAACUUCUUCGACAGGAGGAGCUGCGGUCAACCUCUCUACCCUCCAUCCCUAACCCCUUCCCCGAGCUCUGCAGUCCUCCUUCACAGACCCCCAUUCUUGGGGGGCCCUCCAGUGCAAGGGGGCUGCUCCCUCGAGACACCAGCUGCCCCCAUGUCAUAAAGGUGUACAGCGAAGAUGGGGCCUGCCGGUCAGUGGAGGUGGCAGCGGGCGCCACGGCUCGCUACGUGUGUGAGAUGCUGGUGCAGCGAUCUCAUGCCCUGAGUGACGAGAACUGGGGGCUGGUGGAGGGCCACCCCCACCUAGCACUGGAGCGGGUCUUGGAGGACCACGAGUCGGUGGCGGAAGUGCAGGCUGCCUGGCCCAUCGGCGGAGACAGCCGCUUUCUCUUCCGGAAAAACUUUGCCAAGUACGAGCUGUUCAAGAGCACCCCACACUCCCUGUUCCCAGAAAAGAUGGUCUCCAGCUGUCUGGAUGCACACACGGGCAUAUCCCACGAAGACCUCAUCCAGAACUUCCUGAAUGCAGGCAGCUUCCCAGAGAUCCAGGGCUUCCUGCAGCUACGGGGGUCAGGACGCAAGCUUUGGAAACGCUUCUUCUGCUUCCUACGCCGGUCUGGCCUCUAUUACUCCACCAAGGGCACCUCCAAGGAUCCGAGGCACCUGCAGUAUGUAGCAGAUGUGAAUGAGUCCAACGUGUACGUGGUGACCCAGGGCCGCAAGCUCUACGGGAUGCCCACGGACUUUGGCUUCUGUAUCAAGCCAAACAAGCUUCGAAACGGCCACAAGGGGCUUCGCAUCUUCUGCAGUGAGGAUGAACAGAGCCGCACCUGCUGGUUAGCCGCCUUCCGCCUCUUCAAGUAUGGGGUGCAGCUGUAUAAGAAUUAUCAGCAGGCACUGUGCCGCCACCUGCGCCCACCCUGUGUGGGUUCCCCGCCCUUGAGGAGUGUCUCAGACAACACCCUGGUGGCCAUGGACUUCUCUGGCCACGCCGGGCGUGUCAUCGAGAACCCCCGGGAAGCUCUGAGUGCUGCCCUGGAGGAGGCCCAGGCCUGGAGGAAGAAGACGAACCACCGUCUCAGCCUGCCCACCCCGAGCUCGGGCACGAGCCUCAGUGCAGCCAUCCACCGCACCCAACCCUGGUUCCACGGACGCAUUUCCCGCGAGGAGAGCCAGCGGCUCAUCGGGCAGCAGGGCCUGGUAGAUGGCGUGUUCCUCGUGCGAGAGAGUCAGCGGAACCCGCAGGGCUUUGUCCUCUCGCUGUGCCAUGUGCAGAAAGUCAAACAUUACCUCAUCCUGCCGGUGAGUAGUCCCAGGUUCCUGCCGCAGUGGAGGUGCAGGGCUCCCAGCGACCCGUCCUCCUCACCAGGCCCCCAGUGUGCCUGCGCCCUCCCGCUCUUUCCUUCCUCCUGCUCAGGCUGUGGGGACCUCAGCCCUGGCCCAGGAGGGAGCUCAUUUGGCCCCGGGCCCCUCCCUGACCUCCACCCCCUAUGGCCACACCCCAGAGCGAGGAGGAGGGGCGCCUGUACUUCAGCAUGGACGAGGGCCAGACUCGCUUCACCGACCUGCUGCAGCUUGUGGAGUUCCACCAGCUGAACCGCGGCAUCCUGCCCUGCCUGCUGCGCCACUGCUGCACCCGCGUGGCCCUCUGACUACCACACGGGCGGGCCUGCGUCUCAGCCCACUCUGGGCCGCCCACCCACCUCCGCUCCUAGGGUGGACUCGGAGGGGGCAGGAAGUGGGGCCAGGGUCAUCGUGAAUGGCUGGGGGCUCCCCCACUCCGGUUUCCUCCUCGGCUCCUGGCCUCCCUCUGGCCAAAAGUGCUCCCCGCCCGGUCCACCCUUAACUUCUCCUUCAGGGAAGGCACUCGGGUGGGCAUCUCCCCUUCAUGGCGCUGCUCUGGGCCAGGGCAUUAUGGGAGAAAUGGGGGCAGCCCAGGUGGUCUUUUUUGUUUUGUUC